AUGUCUGAUUUUAAAGAUAAUUCCGCUGAUUUUAAUGAUAAAGUCAGUGAUAAAGAGGUUGAGUAUAUGUCACCUCGUGAAGUCUCUGUGACUCCGGAGACCUCUGCUACACCAAAUACUCCAGCCCCAUCCCAAUUUAGAAGAUUUGUUGACUCAUUCAAGAGAGCUGAACAACAAAAUAACUCUGAAAUCACCUCUGCCGCUUCUUGUGAUGGUAGUUCUGAAAACUUGGACAAAGAUGGUAAAGAAGUUGCCGAUCUUGAAGUACAAGAAAAUCAAGUUCUCACUGAAAAGAGUAAUCAAAAGAACAAAGAAUUGAAACAAACAAUCAAACCUAGACAUGUCAUUCUUAUCUCUUUGGGUACAGGUAUUGGUACAGGUUUAUUGGUUGGUAACGCUAAGGCCCUGCACAAUGCUGGUCCUGCUGGUCUUCUAAUUGGUUACUCUAUUAUGGGUACUUGUCUGUACUGUAUUAUUCAAGCUGCUGGUGAAUUGGCUGUCUCAUACAGUUCUCUAAGUGGUGGUUUUAAUGUUUAUCCUUCAUUCUUGGUUGACCCUGCAUUUGGUUUCUCUGUUGCUUGGGUAUACUGUAUCCAAUGGUUAUGUGUCUGUCCUUUAGAACUGGUUACCGCCUCGAUGACUAUUAAGUAUUGGACUACCACUGUUAAUGCUGAUAUUUUUGUUGGUAUUUUCUACGUCUUGAUCAUUGUCAUUAAUACUUUUGGUGCUCGUGGUUACGCUGAAGCUGAAUUCUUCUUCAAUUGCUGCAAAAUUCUAAUGAUGAUUGGCUUCUUUAUCCUGGGUAUUGUAAUCAACACUGGUGGUGCUGGUAAUGAUGGCUACAUUGGUGACAGGUACUGGCAUACACCAGGUGCCUUUGCUGGUGACCGUCCAAUUGAUCAUUUCAAGGGUAUCAUGGCUACCAUGGUUACUGCCGCCUUUGCUUUUGGUGCCACUGAAUUCAUCGCCUUGACUGCUGCCGAGCAAUCAAAUCCAAGAAAGGCUAUUCCAUCUGCUGCCAAAAAGGUUCUUUAUAGAAUUUUGUUCAUUUUCUUAGGUUCAAUCACUUUGGUCGGUUUCUUGGUUCCAUAUGACUCUGAUCAGUUAAUGGGUUCUGGGGGUUCUGCCACAAAGGCCUCUCCAUAUGUUCUGGCUGUUUCUACACAUGGUGUAAAAGUCGUUCCACAUUUCAUUAAUGCUGUGAUCCUAUUGUCAGUUCUAUCGGUUGGUAACUCUGCUUUCUAUUCCAGUUCUCGUCUUUUGUACUCCUUGGCACAACAAGGUAAUGCUCCAAAGUUCUUUGACUAUGUUGACAGGGAAGGUAGACCAUUCAGAGCUAUGGUUUGUGCUGGUGUAUUUGCAAUUAUUUCCUUCUGUGCUGCUUCUCCAAAGGAAGAACAAGUUUUCACCUGGUUGUUAGCUAUUUCAGGUUUAUCUCAAGUAUUUACUUGGUUCGCCAUUUGCCUAUCCCAUAUUAGAUUCAGAAAGGCCAUGUUUGUACAAAAGAGGUCUUUGGGAGAGAUUGGUUUCAAGGCUCAGACUGGUGUUUGGGGUUCUUACUAUGUCUGUUUCAUGCUGGUCAUGAUUUUGAUUGCUCAGUUCUGGGUUGCCAUUGCACCAAUUGGUGAAGGUAAGUUAGACGCCCAAGGUUUCUUUGAGAAUUACUUAGCUAUGCCAAUUUUGAUUUUAUUCUACGUUGGUUACAAAAUUUGGAAGAAGGACUGGAGCUUGUUCAUUAGAGCGAACAAUAUUGACUUGGAUAAGCACAGACAAAUUUUUGAUGAAGAAUUGUUAAAGCAAGAAGACGAAGAGUAUAGAGAGAAGCUAAAGAAUGGUGGCUACCUCAAGAGAAUAGCUGCCUUCUGGUGUUGA